CUGGGGAGUCGAUUGAACCAUGUGACGGGAUACGAGGAUAUAGAUCGGCUCAAGGCAGCUGUCGUCGCGACUGGUGAGUCUACAUCAACGACAGAGCUAAUGAUAGAGCAGCAACUCACCUCGGCUCGUGACGCCGCCAAAGCUCUGAAACACGCAUACGACCAGGCAGUCACUACUCGUGCUUCUGCCCAACGCUCCGUCAAUUCCCUCCUCGAACGCAAGGACCGAUGGUCAGACUCGGACGUCGCAGACUUCACCUCCCUCAUCCGUUCCGACCACGCCUCCAAUGCUGCCGUCGCCCAAACCUCGGCCCAGCUCAACGCGGCGGAAGCGGACGUCGAUCGGCUCUUUUCGGAAUUGACCAAAACCAUCCUGACGCGGUAUCACGAGGAACAGAUCUGGAGCGACAAGAUCCGCUCCUUUUCGUCCUGGGCGAAUCUGGUGGGGCUGGCGGUGAAUCUGGUGGUGUUUGUGGGGGCGAUUGCGUUUGUUGAGCCGUGGAAGAGGAGAAAGUUGGCCGAGGGGCUGGAGGGGCGGAUGGCGGGCAUGAUGGAG